CCCUGAUCUCACUCGACGCAGUACCUCCAGUUCUUACAGGCGCCUGAUGCGACAGAAGCGGCUUCGGCGUGCUUUCGAGACUCAGUUUUUAGUGCGGAUAUUCAACGUCGGAGACCCAGGAGAGAUAAUGAGGGAGAUGGGUCGAGCCUGCUGGGAUCCGGCAAACGACGGAGAUCUCGAAAUCUUCCGCCAUUUGCGUCGUCGGUGUGCGAUUGCUGGGGAGGAGUCAUCGCGUAACCCACUUACAGCGAUGAAGGAGAACUUCAAGGCGUUGCGGCAAGGAGCCCGCCAAAAGCAGGAAUUAGUUCGACAGCUAGCAAGUCUUUUGACACGUCUUGGAGGGAUGUCUAGAAGAAACAGUUCCAAGAAUAAGCGUGGAGGUGGAGAGAGCGCAGCGACGUCGACAGGGACAGGGACAUCCGCAUCAUCAACUGUUGUCGAGAUCAACGGUUACGUCUCCAUCGGUGACCAUGGGAAGCUAGUUUUGAAGAUGCGAGAGCAUUUUAGGAUCACAGGAGACGUCUACAUCUGCCAUGACGCGGUGAACACACCAUCAUCCUCCGGGAGUGGGGUUCUGCCAGCGAUAAUCGAGCGUGGGAGCAUCCCCUUGGUUGGCCAACCGGUUUUGUUCGAUUUGUUCACCAAAGCGGACUGGG